UCGGCCGAAAAUGCUAUCAAUCAAUUCUUUGCGGUCCACACAUGCGUGACACGGCAACAAUGUGAUGACUACGCGGCACAUCUCGCGGAGGGAACUGUGAGGCCUGUGGCCGUGCAGGGUUCCUUCAGCUACACACUCACAGCGGGAGCCGAUCAGUCCAAGAUCAUUCAAUUUCGAGCUGCAGGUGCGGACUUGGAUAGAGGAAUCUUGGACAUGGCCCGACAAGUUCACCAGCAAGUCGUGCCACCGUAUACUUUCCACGGCCUGUUGUUCGAUCCUUCGUCCGAUACCGGUCCACAACAUUGUACAACUGUAACAGACCUUGCAAGGUUCUUCGCAACAUCGUGGAAUAGAAGGCAGCAUAUCGACCCGGACGCAAUCGAAGCUAUUCGACGCGACUACCAAGCGAGGAUCGAGCUCCUUAAUAAGUAUUUGCCCGACCGUUUUAAAAAAAAUCUACGCAUGGUUCGUGAAGGGCUUUCCCUGCUCUUCGAUAAGCUAUACCCUUUCACACUGAAUCACGGCGACCUUUCCGGCCUGAAUGUUUUUGUGGAUGCCAACACUGGCCACAUCACAGGUAUCCUUGAUUGGCCUGAAGCUACGAUUUGCCCGUUCGGGAUAUCUCUAUGGGGUCUUGAAAAUUUUCUUGGC